UUGGGCUUUAUUAAUUUCCUUUGGUAUCAGCAGAGACCCAAACUCUGCCCAUUUCUGGUGAAGCUGCACAGGACCAGCAGUGAGGCUGGUUCAGAGGCUGGGUUCACCUCUGCUGUAUUUAUUAUUUUCCUGUGUGCAAGUCAUGUUUCUGCUGAACUUGCCCUGUGCUGCUCAGAGGUGGAACCUGCUGGCACUGCUUUUCUACCUUGGCACAUAAAAUCCAGGUGCACGUCCUGGACUCCAUGUGGAACAAAAUGUUGUUCUACACAAGGGAAAUAAUUGUUGGAAUAGCACUUGGAACAAAAGGAUACCAGAGGAGGGCUCUUUUCUGCAUUCCAGGCUCCUUUUGGGCCACCAGACCUUUCCACCCAUCAUCCUGUGCUGCCCUGCAGUGCCCACAGGUGCUGGCCAAGGGCAUACAGGGUUGGUCAUGGUGGUCACUGAAAUCCUCUUUCUUUCCAGCCUGUGCCUUUGCUGGUCUCUGGAACUGUGUCACCAUCAACCCCCUGAACAUUGCAGCCGGCGUGUGGAUGAUGCUCAACGCCUUCGUCCUGUUCCUGUGCGAGGCCCCUUUCUGCUGCCAGUUCAUCGAGUUCGCCAACGCCGUGGCCGCCAGGGCCGACAGGCUGCAGGCCUGGCAGAAAGCAGCUUUCUACUGCGGGAUGGCCGUGUUCCCCGUCAUGCUCAGCCUGACGCUCACCACGCUCUUGGGCAACGCCAUCGCCUUCGCCACCGGGGUGCUCUACGGCCUGUCGGCCCUUGGAAAGAAGGGAGAUGCCAUUUCCUACGCCCGCAUCCACCAGCAGCAGAAGCAGAUGGAUGAAGAGAAGCUCACAGGGAGCCUGGAGGGACAGGCUCUCUGAAGGGCACGAGCUCGGGGUAGCAUCUCCUGGACACUGAGAUGGUGAAGAUGAGGAAAUCCACUCUGCCCUUCCGUCUGUCCUCUCCACUCCCUGCUGCACCACGAUUGCCCUGGACACUGCAGCAACUGGAAAUCUCAGGGGCUGGGGCAGGCUGUGUCCUCUCCUCACACCAGCAGCCAGACCUCAGCACGUCACUCCUUCUCUCCUCAGCCCUCAACCCAAACAGUGCUCCUAUUUUUUAAUAUUUUCUUUUCUUUUUGCUGCAGAGGUGCUGGCUCUCUGAGUGCUGCUUUCCCAGCCUUUUUUUUUUUUUGGACUGCCCUCUGGAUGGGUGAGGAGGGACAGAGGACCUGCCAGUGCAGGUUCCACGUGUUUAGGAACACUCCCUGGGAUGGCCCUUCCCAGGUACAACACCUAACCCAGGGUUUGCAAAACCCCCUGGUGCUUAAGCUUGGUCUUCUUCCACUAUUUUAAUUAUGGGACCAAGCACUGGAGGCAUCACUGCACGGGAAAGGAUUUCCUGCAAAAAACCCAUCUAAAGAUAAAAUCCAUCUCUGCAGGGGAGCUGCCAGAGCUGCUGGGCAGGUCCUGGGACCUCCAAAGCACAGUCCCUGCUUCCUCUGGAUACAGCUGCAGGCAGUGACUGCCAUUUACUUGAAUUAUGAGAAUUAAUUACUUUGUCUUAAUAAGGGCACUUUUCUUAAGCUUCACUCUUUUACUGGGGCAGAAGGGAACAAUAUUUGCUGUACCACAGCUGAAAAGGAUGUUGUUUCUUGAGCCAAGUGGGAUUUUUUGCUGGUGUGAGGGUCACUGAUGUGCAGGAGCAUUCCUGCCUUGUGAGCCUGGGACUCUGCUCCUGCAUCCCUCUGUGGAGGUACCUGCUCUGCUUGCCUGGUACAGCCUUUGUCUUUGGGAUUGUGGUUUUUUACAUCAAUCCUGAGCUGGCUUUGUAUGGGAAGGUGGCACAACUUCCCUGUGCAAACAGAGAGGAGGCUGCACCAUUUCAGUGUGGACAGCUGGGAUGUUUUACUUUGCUAUUCCAGGCUCUUUCUGUGGUUUUCACAUUGUACUUUCUGUUUACUUUGUACCAUGCAGUACAAAACUGCUCACUAAGUCUAGAUCCCCCUCUUCUCAUCCCAGUUUGUCACGGGGAUUUUAAUUUAUUUGAUUUUAUAUGGUUGCUUUUUGUUUUGAUUAGGAAAAAGGGGAAUAAUUUUUUUCUAGUUAUUUAAGUACUUUGAUGGGACUCAUUUUCUCUGGAUAUAGGAGAAGGGAGUGCUCUGUUUCCUGUCCUUCACAGGGCAGCCUCAUUUCACCAGGGGUCUCUGAGAACAGGGAGAACCCUGGCUGCUGCAGAAUCCCAUUUCAGCCUUCAGAGUAUUUCUCAGACUCUUCAAAAAACCUGUGCUGUCCUUUGACCCCUUUGUCUUGUUCUGGGCCACAAGCUUGACAAACUGUGUUUUCCCCCUCUUCUGGGAGAGAAAAGGGAGGAAAAUUGGGCUGUAACUGCUGGAUUGGGACAGCCACUAGCACUCUGUGUCCCUGUUUGAAUCCUUGGGUACAGAGGGGUUGUGCUGUGCUCUGAGAAACGCUGCUGGAGGCCAGUGCUGUCUGUCAGAGGGGUCUGUCCAUGCUGAAAACUCUCCUUAGACCCUGCCCUUCCUCAAGCUGCCAGCUCCUGUGAGCUGCUGCUUCUUCCUCAGGAGCUGUCAGGAUUCUCACCAGUCAGGAUUUCCAGAGGCCCCUGCCUCUGGAUUUGGGCACCCUUUUUGUGCAAAGCCCCUUUCCCCCCACCUUUCAGCUGGGGUUGCUCCAACACCCCUUGUCUGGGACGCAGAGCAGGCACCACCAGCCUGGAUUUUUUCCAUCAAGGCAGCUUUUUUCCCUCAAAGCUGUGCUGGUUUGGAGCCCCCAGCCCUUGGCUGAUCCCUGGUGCUGGAUACAAUGCAGGGGCCAUUGGCCCACAGCCUCCUGCUGCCUGCAGGGAUGGAUGAAUGUGGGAACAACCUCUGGGUGCUGGUGCUGCCUCAGGAAUGGGCACGUGCUUUGAUUUCAGGGGGGUGUGGGGAGUUCUGUAGUGUUUAGUAGAGGAAUGUUGCACACUGAUGCAUGUCGAUGUCUCUGGUAGUGGCAGCUUUGCUCUGUGAGUAGUUCUGCAGUAGCUUUAGUGUCAGGAGGCCAAAGGCAAAGCAGAGCUCAAGGGCUGAGACUUGCAGGGUGGGACCCUCAUCUGCCUCUCCUCCUGCCAUGGUCCCUGGGGCUGGGGCAGGUGGGUUCUGCUCCAGGGCACCUGCAGGGUCCACCCUGCUCCCUUGGCACCGAGGCAGAAGUCCCAGCAGUGCUGUCACAGUGUUUUGUGGCAGCAGGGUCUGACCCUGGGGCAGAGGCAAGGGGGAAAUCUGCAUCAAUCUGCCAUCAGGAACGGGCAGCAAAGCUCAGCCCCGAGCUGAAAAUGGGCCUCAGGGGCUCCCCUGAAAGAGCUGAGCUGCAACCUUUGGCCACAGUGCUUGAAGUGUCUGUGCCUGUCACCACUGGAGGUGUCUCAGAUCCAUGCUCCAAGGGUGGUGACUCCUGCAGGGGCCUGUCUGGAGUGGGAACCCUUGGGAAUUUUGGCUGUCUGAUGCAGCUGGAACCAAGCCAGAUGCUGCCAGCAUUGCAGACAGGCUUGUGAUAGCAUCUGUGGCUUGUAGGAGCUGUAGUGACAGUCAGUGGAUGGUCUCACCUCCAUGUGGGCCCGUUUGGUGGAGAUAGGAAGGAGCUUUAGAGUAGAGUAGCAUCACAGUAGUUAAAUGCCAGUGCAUGGUGGUUGUUAGUUGUGUUUAGAAGCACCCUCGGGGUGCUUGGAGCUGUGCAAGGACAAAUGAAGUUCAAACCCUGCUCUGGAGGUUUCACAGGCUCAACCCAAGCCCUGCUGAGGGCAUCCAGGCCGGAUGGCUGAUCCACAGGGGCUCUGUGGGGCACGGUCUGCUCUCCAGGCCUUGGAAAGGAGAUGAUGUGAGGGCUCAGGGAGGGGUGACACGCUGAGCACAGUGAGCUGUUGGCACCAAGAGUGGAAGGAGCUCUGGGGAGCAGUGGCCUGUCACACACCAGUCACCAGGGCUGCAUUUAUGCACUGUGCCACUCUUCCACGCCUCUGCCACUCGUGCGUGGCAGCUCCGUGUCCCCUGGGGCUGCCCACGGGGCGUGAAGAGCAGGGCAGAGCUCGCUGCUCUGGGCAGGAGCUGCUUCUGCAGCACCCAUUGAUUCUCUGUGUGUGCAGUGAAUAAAAACACCAUUCUACCUCUGGAAA